ACUUCCUCGUCAGGUUGUUUGACAGCUAUACUUCCUCAUUGUAGUUUGACCGAGAUUAGUUGUGUGUGUACUGGUCGGUGUAACAGUCAUGAAGGACGGUACUGGAGCAGGAGAGCAGGCGGAGGUUUCCCGCCAGGAGCUUUAUGAGGAUUAUGUGAACUGUUACCUUCACCAGUGUGUGGAGGCUCGGCCGUGCCACGAUAGGCGGCUGCUGAAGAAAGCGGCUCAGUAUUUACUGAGGGAACCAGAACCCAGAGACACUUUCACCGUGUUCCCAUUCUACCAGGCUGUGGGCGAGAACUGUGAACCCAUGAGCACAAACUGCAGGAAACACCUGUGUGCCUUUAUCAAAGCCACCGAGCUGCUGGAAACUCUCUGCGUAAAUCUGUUCCUUCAACCCUGGAAGAAAGAAUUCAAGACACUGAAGACUUUUACAGGUCCAUUUGUUUACUGUCUUCAGCCAGCCCUCAGCAGUCCUACCAUUCAGUCAGUCCUGGCUUCUAUUGGCUACCUGCCCCAUACUGACACCCCACAAAGUGAGUUCAGACUCUGUGAGGAUGCCAGCCCAGACAGAGCUAUACUGGUGGGCUUUGAGCUGCUGCUGGCUAGGGUGGAAUGUCACCACCUCCUGGAGCUCCUGGAGAAAGAUCAGCUGGGACCACAGGAGUGGCUGGAGAUUCUCCAGAGAAGAGUCAGGCCCACAAAACUAGAGGAACCCACAGAAAAGAAGACCACGACAGGGCAAAAGGAAGAAGAGAAGAAGAAGCAAGAUGCAGAUAGAAAAGAGGUGCCUCUGUAUUCAGACACCAGGCUUGCAGUGAACCCCCAGUCCAAGCCUCGAAAGGGCCACCUCAUCAGUGCAGACCAGUCCAUUAUGGAGAUGCAGAGAACCUACCCUGACCUGGCCUUCAGGGGCCGCCCUCUGGUACCAGACAAACAAGCAAACAGCAGCAGAAGCAGCAGUAAAACUGUCCAUACUGCCAGUGAUAAUUACAGUGAUGAUAGUAAAGCUGUUGAGCUCCCCAAAAGAGACUGUAUUAAAGGCACCAAAGCUGCUCCUGCUGACAGUAAAAAUGAUGGAAGCAAAGCUGAUGAAGUGUUGGGUGACAAUGGCAGAAGUAGUGGUGCUAAUGACGGGAACAGUGGAGGGAACACCACUCCAGGAAACACCACUAGCAGCAGCUUCAGUAAUAAUAAUGGCAGCAGAGUUGAUGAUGAGCUCAGCGGUCCUCAGGCCAUUUCCCUUCACAUCACACUGAGAGCUGGACACAAAGCAGAGCAGGGCCUGAAGCCUGGAGAGUCUCAGCCAACAACAGAGCCUACUGCCUGGAUGCAGCAGCAGGCUCCAGCAGGCGUGCAAAAUAAGACACCAGCUAAACCAGAGCUUUCCUCUCUGGGCUCCAUUGACGAGGAGAAGGACCUGAGAGACCUGGCAGAGAGGAUGGGCCAGCUCUGUGUGCAGGAGAGAAAAGAUGAGGUGAAUAGAAAGGGGGAAAAGAAAAGAAGAGAGGAGAACACAAAUCAAGAGAUGAGGAAGAAAGGCAGAAAGGCAAGUACAGAGGGAGAGGCAGAUGAGCAGAACCUCAGGAAGCCAGUGAUGGAGACAGGUCCAGCCCAGGGCACCGAUGCCAACAGAUGCACCAGAUCGUCUCAGUCUGAGAGAGAGCAGAGGCAGCUCACUGUGCAUCACCCCUCACCGCUGACUGUAAGUACAGCAGACUGUCAGAGCUGCACAGGCGCAGGCAGCACAGGGAAGCCGCAAGAAGGAGAAGAUAGUGAAAGAGCAGAAACAGGCCGAGGAGAAGAGGAGCAGCUGGCGCAGAGCUUUGUUAUUCUCUAAGCAUCACUAGAAGCAUCAUAGCAGCAAGGUUCAUAUAAAAAACUACUGAGCAUUCCCAAAACUAACAUAAGCUGUAGUCAGUCUACAGGGCUAGGUUUAACCAAAGUACAGAUGAAACAGAGCAGAACUAUUGUUUUAAGCCCAAUACCACACACUGUGUACACAGUUGGAAAUUUGCUCUGUCUGCUCUCAGGAAUUUCUUCAGCUGCUUUGGCUGCAUUAUAACAAGUUUUGGAUUAGAGGCCUUAACAAGACAUGCCCAUACAGGGCUUUUAAAUUGCUUUCAAACCUCGUGUUAUUCCAGCAUGGGAGUAUCCACACUAUUCCAACAUAAUCCUCCCAACUGGUCAUCCUGUACACAACUAGACACGAACAGACAGUGUAUAGAUCCUCUUUAAUUGUAUCAUAUACAUUGCAGGCAUAUUUGAAAAAACGGCAUUUUGUGUGCUCCUCAGCUGUUCUUCAGCAGGCUUGUUUACUCCAUUACACAUAUAUUUACUGACUGUUGGUCUGUGUACUUUAACACCUGUCAGUUAAUGUGAAAUGAAUAGGAGGCACCGUGUCUGUGAUUUAAAUUUUAAUGGUGAAGUAACCCCUUUAUUUACUUUUAUGUAUACUGUUAUCUUAUUUCAAUCAGCCUUUAAAUUCUUUUAACCAGUUCUCGAACCACACUUAACAUUUGACUUCCAGAUUAGGUCCAACUGAGAUUGCUCUGUUCUCAGUUCAAAGUGAAAGACAUACUUACUUUACUGACUAUCCUUGUCACUCAGUCCUCACACCCUCUCAACACUUGUUUUGUGCUCUGUCUUUGACCUUAUCCCAGAUUGAUUACAGGCUGACUACAGAUGUGUUCCCAUUCCGUUUUUGUUCUUUAAUAACUUAUUGUCACAUCUUGCUAUCAUGAAUUGAAAGAUGAAAAUGAGGGGGAACUUGAAGUGUGACAAGUACAUUUACACCACUUUCAUAAUCUGAAACCUACUCAUGAAAACGGGGUCAGCCCCAGUCCACUCAGGAAGACUUGGGAGAUUUGUAUACAUAUAGAACAUCGAUACUGGGGGCGGUCUGGUUGUCUAAUGGUUAACCACAUAUCUAUAGCAGCCACUAUUCAAACCCCGGCUGGGAGACCUUUAUGCAUGUCAUACCUCUGUACCUCUCUGUGUAUGUAUGUACACUUACUGUACAAAUAGAUGGACAGCAGAGAAGUGAGCUCUACUACAAAGUAAGAUUUGUUAACAUUGGAGUACACUGUAACAGAGAUCGCUGGGACUCGUCUGUGCCACUGUUCCUCAUGUGGGACAAUAUGGGUGUUCACCAUACUUUCACUAGCACAUUCUAUGAAGUUUUGUCUUUUGUAUCCUGUCCAUAUCUCAUCUAAUUUUCAUGAAAUAACAACAGAAUAGCUUCUUUUAAACACACACAAAUUUUGGUGUUAUGAAUGGUUGGGCUUUGUUGCUGUCUUAUCUCAUGUAUUGUGAAGAUUUGAAUAAAAUGUCAGCUCAUUGGUCA